AUGUCUCGCUAUGGUAAACCGAAUGUUUCGCUGUAUAUAAGAAAUGUACCGGAUGAUGCAAGGCCCGAUGAAUUGCGUGCUAUGUUUAACAUCCGCGAUGCUGAGGAUGCUCUCUACGGUUUAGACCGUGUCAGAUUCCAUGGCCGAGACCUGGAAGUGGAAUUUGCUCAGGGCGAUAGAAAAAGUAGGUCUUUAAUGCGUUCGCUUUUCGGCGGUCAACGGUCUUUGCGAUGUUCAGCUCCCGGAGAGAUGCGUUCAAAGUACGGCGGACCUGCCAGGUCGCCCUACUAUUAUGACCGCUCGCCGUCGCCUUAUCGAAGGAAAAAGUAA